AACAGCAACGAGGACGAAGUCAGCUUAGAAUUUGAUCGUGAAGAAUACGUAUGUAUCCAGAAAACGUCGUUGCAGGAUACUGGAGAAACGCUGGGGUGGAGAUUAACUGCUAACCUUCAGUAACACAGCAGCCGGUGUGACAGAGCUAGUUAGCCUGCUAAUGUCCUGGGUGAAUGUUAGCGCCUCUCAAUGACAUUGAGACAUAAGUGUACUUCAAAGAGCUCGGAUGAAGCGUCAGACCCCUGCAGAUAGACUGUCCAGCGUCUGCUUGAGUGCUUGAAUGGGUGCCAUGGGGUUUAUAGGAUGCUAAACAUUCUUGAAGUAAUGAUAAAGAGGGCUGAUCCAGCAGAGCUCAAGUCAAUUUUCUUGAAGUAUGCCAGUGUGGAGAAGAACGGAGAGCACUACAUGUCCCCAGAGGACUUUGUGUCCAAGUACCUUCACGCAAAAACAGACAUACAGCCUUCCAAAGAGGCCACCGCUUUACUGGCAGGUGUUGUGGACCAGACUAAAGAUGGGUUGAUCUCCUUCCAGGAGUUUCUGGCUUUUGAGUCGGUGCUAUGCACUCCGGAUGCUCUCUUCAUGGUUGCCUUCCAGCUCUUUGACAAAACUGGAAACGGAAUUGCCACUUUUGAGGAUGUGAAACAAGUUUUCGGUCAGACCACUAUACACCAGCACAUCCCCUUUAACUGGAACUCUGAAUUUGUUCAGCUCCACUUUGGCGCCGAGAGGAAGAAACACCUUAACUAUGGGGAGUUCACUCAGUUUCUGCUGGAGAUGCAGCUAGAACAUGCCAGACAGGCUUUUAUGCAAAGAGACAAGGCCAAGACCGGCGCCAUCACCGCUCUGGACUUUAGGGACAUCAUGGUGACCAUCAGACCCCACAUGCUCACACCAUUUGUGGAGGAAUGCUUAGUUGCAGCGGCCGGUGGCAGUACGUCACAUCAGGUCAGCUUUUCCUACUUUAAUGGCUUCAACUCUCUGCUAAACAACAUGGAGCUCAUUAGAAAGAUCUACACCACCCUGGCAGGCAACCGCAAAGAUGUGGAAGUUACUAAAGAGGAGUUCAUCAUCGCUGCCCAGAGGUUUGGCCAGGUGACCCCCAUGGAAGUGGACAUCCUGUUCCAGCUGGCUGACCUAUCUGAGCCGAGAGGACGUGUUGGUUUAGUUGACAUUGAGAUGAUUGCACCUCUGGAGGAGGGAGCUCUUCCCUACAACCUUGCUGAGAUUCAAAGACAGCAGUCUGGUGGGGAUGUGUCUCGUUCCUUUCUGCUUCAGGCCGCUGAGUCGGCGUACAGGUUCACCCUGGGCUCUGUGGCUGGAGCGGUGGGUGCCACUGCCGUGUACCCCAUCGACCUGGUGAAGACCCGUAUGCAGAACCAACGCUCUUCAGGUUCCUUUAUGGACGAGCUGAUGUACAAGAACAGCUUCGACUGCUUCAAGAAGGUGGUACGCUACGAGGGCUUCUUCGGCCUCUACAGAGGCCUCGUACCGCAGCUUCUGGGCGUGGCUCCCGAGAAAGCCAUAAAGCUUACAGUGAAUGACUUUGUGAGAGGAAAGACUAUGCAAAGAGAUGGCAGCGUUCCUUUACCUGCUGAAAUCUUGGCAGGCGGAUGUGCUGGGGGAUCUCAGGUGAUCUUCACAAACCCUCUGGAGAUCGUGAAGAUCCGACUGCAGGUGGCAGGAGAAAUCACCACAGGGCCACGCGUCAGCGCUCUGUCUGUCAUCCGUGACCUGGGUUUUUUCGGUCUGUACAAGGGUGCAAAAGCCUGUUUCCUGAGAGACAUCCCCUUCUCGGCCAUCUACUUCCCCUGCUACGCACACACCAAGGCGGCCCUGACUGAUGAAGACGGGCGAGUGGGACCUGGCAGGCUUUUGCUGGCAGGGGCGCUGGCGGGCAUGCCUGCCGCAUCCCUGGUGACCCCUGCUGAUGUUAUCAAGACCCGGUUACAAGUGGCUGCCCGUGCAGGCCAGACCACGUACAAUGGACUCAUUGACUGUUUCUGGAAGAUUCUUCAGGAGGAAGGGCCUCGUGCCUUCUGGAAAGGAGCUGGAGCACGCGUGUUUCGCUCCUCGCCUCAGUUUGGAGUGACUCUAGUGACCUAUGAGCUCCUGCAGAGGUGGUUCUACGUAGACUUCGGUGGACAAAAACCAGCUGGCGCAGAGCCUACUCCCAAGUCUCGGAUCAGCCUCCCGGCGCCCAAUCCUGACCACAUCGGUGGCUUCAGGUUGGCUGUGGCCACGUUUGCUGGCAUUGAGAGCAAAUUUGGACUGCAUCUACCACGAUUCCGAGCGCCUGCCGCCCCACACGUUUAAAGCAAAUGCAUCCACUUCAGUUGCACUGGAACAAACGCACACAUGAAUCUCUUCCUUCUAGUUGAGAUCAUAAAACCUUCAGCAGAUGAACUGGAAAUAAUGUUUUAUGUGAUUGUUAGUGCAGAUUACAACUUUUAAGUACACCGUAGAUGGGAUGAUGUUAUAUAUUUUUUAAAUCUACCACAAAAGUCCUGGAUUGUUUGGCGGGGUUGUAGUGUGACUUUGAUUUAUUUUUAAAUGUAAAUCAUUUUCAGUUUUAUUUCUUUUUACCUAAAAAACAACAACAGAAACAAUCAGUUACAUUUACUACAGUUUGGUUAUUUAUUUAUUAAAUGAACGAUGCAUAUUGCAGGGUUUUAAAACACUACAAGCAUAUCCAGUUGGAAAUGACCAGGUUGAGUUGUUUAAAUGAUAGAUGUUCAUCUGUGUACAUUUUCUUUUGUCCUCCUAAAUAUUUAAGCACGUAGCACUCAUUGGGCAGUUGAUUUCAUUACUGAUGUGGACUCUCACAUUUGAAUGUAUUAUAGUAUUUGGUAUUUAUGUUUGUAUAGUGUUAAACUUGAGUGUUAGGAGUCUACACAGUGGCAGUUUAUGGUCGAUGUGAAAUCAGAGACUUGGCGGUAAAGUGGUACAGAUUUCUCAACCCCUUGAAAAAUAAUGUGAAGACUAAAUUGAGCUGUACAGUAGAGUUGAUUAUAGAGUGUAAAGAUUGUGCCUUACUGUAAGUAUGGCAGCAAUAGAUGCACCGAUGGACAGGCGGAUUUAUUAAAAGGACAUCAAACAAAAAUGUUUGCUAGAAGCAUGGUUUAUUUGCCAAUACUUGUUUUAUUUAACCAGACACUUCUUAUGGUUUUCAAUAACGUUAUUUCUAUAUGUGAAACAUAUUUUAGUAAGCGCACAAUACCUGCUUGCAUCGUUGUAACACUGACGAGAAAGCCACCGAGUAUUGCUGACAGUCACCAACUUAUAUAUAACUUAAUUUGUCUAUGCUUCAUGCAGGGGCUCAGUACAAAAAUAUACACUCACACCAAGUAAUCUGAAAUAACCACAAACCAACAUGGAAGAUGCCUUUCUAGCAGCAAGUAAUUACAAAUUCACAUUUUUGAAAUGCACAUUUUCAAAAAUGGUAUUAACAUUAAAUGAUGCAGCAUUAAUUGCCAUCAAGGUAAAGAGACGGAACAUAAAAUACAAUUAUCUCCUGCGCAACAAAAAACUGUACAUAAAACGCACGGAAAAUAAACCCAUUUUAAAGCUUAGUAGCAAACCCAGGAGUACGACAUUUAAGGGACGGUUUACCUAAAUAUAAAACUUCUGUCAUUUAAUCCCCUUCGUGUCAUUUCGCACGCGUUUGACGUCAAUUAAACGACAGCGUUCAAUAUUCACGUUCAUUACGGGACGCCAGCGGCGAGUAAAAUAAAGUCGAUAUUUUGCUAAUAUGACACUCUGCUAAUUCCAGAAACUAUAUGUUCAAGAACUCAAAGUCGCUGUUUUCAGUUAUUUGUAUUGUCACAUUUCAGCUUUCAGUGAUUUAGACAACACCGGUCGUGUAAUGUUUAUUUUACGUGCAUUCUUCGAGAACCACUCGACAGAGGGACUUACACAGUCAUCACAGACUCACAUUCACAACAUGAUUCAUUCGCCGUGGCGUUGCAAGCGGUGCGACAAACACGUGAUACAGACAUCUUCUAAUUUCGUACAUUAACCUCCACAUUACGAAAAGAACUAAACAAAUAAAAAAACCAUGUCGUUUACAGCGACGUGUACGGCAUAGCGCAAAUACAUUGUCACGAUGUGACUGUAAUCAGAGGCUGCAUCCGAAAUCGCAAAUGUGAAAGAGCAUGCCCCAACUCGCGGUAUUCGUGAAACAAUAGGAGCGAAAGUACCCGGAUGACCUUUUAUUUCGGAUCAGAGGAAGUAAAUGUGUGAGACUUCCGGUUCAUUAACCGCUAUAGGGAAAUUACGAAAAAUAAUAAAGUGCAAAAAAUUUAAAUUAAUAAAAUAAAAUAAAAUUAAAAUAAAAUAAAAUU